AUGUCCCCGGAAAUAGAAGGCCGUCAGCUGAGCCUCCCCAAACCCCUCCACACCGCGUCCCCCCGCACCGACUCCCUACUAUACGACGCCGUUUCCCGCUCCCUCGCUCUCCGCCACCCCGACUCCUCCUUCUCUCUCUACCCUUCCAUCUCCCCCCUCUCCUUCCCUUCCCCGCACGUCCUCGUCCCCUCCCCAACCUCCUCCGCCGUCUUCCUCCACCUCCGCAGCUCCUCCGAUCCCGCCGUCGCGCUCUUCCUCGCCUCCUCCCCCGUCCCCUCCGCCGUCCUCCUCCGCUUCUACAUCCUCCGCGCCGGACGUUUCGCCAGAAUCAGGGUCGUCUCGAGCCACAGGGAUCUCGAGUUCGAUCCCGCCAGGUGGGGGGCUGUGUUUAGAGCCAGCCAUGGGGUCUCCGUUAAAUUGUCUGGGGGAGCCAACGUUUUCUCCAUGUACUCGGUCUCGAGUUCCAAGAUUUGGGUGUUUGCCGUGAGAUUGAUUGGGGAUGAAGGCGGCGGGGAAGCUUUAAAGCUCAUUAAGUGUGCGGUGGUUGAUUGUUGUUUUCCGGUGUGUACAGUUAGGGUUUUAUUUGGGUUUUUAGUGCUUGGAGAGGAUAAUGGGGUUAGAGUUUUCCCCCUGAGGCCGCUGAUCAAAGGAAAUCAAAGAAAGGAGAAGAUGAACGGUGGUAAAAGGACUAGCUUGAAAAAUGGCUCGAAUAAUGGGGUUGAUGUUGCAAAGUCUAGCGAUGGAGGUAAAGCUAUGGGGCCAUCUGGAGAUAAGCAUUCUGAAUCUGUGAAGUCGAGGUCUGUAAAACUAAGACAAGAUUCCAAAGACGUGGGUUCAUUUUUUGUGGCUUUUGAGGAUAAGGCUGUAGGAGAUUCCAUAUCAAUGGAGAAAGCGAGGAGAUCUAUCAAGGCUAUCUCAGUCCAGGCAUUAUCCAUGGAUCACUUUGUGGUCUUAGAUAGUAUUGGAGAUGUUCACCUUUUAUCCCUUUCUUUUCGCAUCCAAGGAGUGGAUGAACCUCGCUUCAUGAAAAGGUUGAAUCACACAAUGAAAGUUCAAAAGCUGGCUGUUUUUGAAGAUGAGUCCUCAGUGACACGAAAUAUCUGGAUCUCAGAUGGAUGUCAUAGUGUGCACCUGAUGACAGUCUCUGAUACUCAUACUUCCUUUGAUGAUUCUGAAAAUAAAGAUACCAAGGAGAUCCUCCGAACUUCAGGGCCAACCAUUCUUCAUACAUUUCAAGUUACACAAGCAAUUUUUACCAGUGAAAAAAUCCAAGAGAUUGUUCCCUUGGCUGCUAAUGCUGUUCUAAUUCUUGGACAAGGCCAUAUUUUGAUCUGGAGGAGAAACAUUCAUAGUCAAGUAAAUUGGUUCGUGAACAGAAUUCUUGAUCGAAAUGUGCAUCUGUACAUUCUAUUGUCUGAUCAGCGGGGUACCAAAGGGUUUUGCGAAUCCAAUCUGAUAUAUGCUGUCGGUGGAAAUCUGAAUCUUGAGUCCUUGCAAAUACCAGAGAAGCAAUCGUUCAACAAAGCAAUAUCUGCCUUGCAACUCUGA